UUUGUCUCGCUGCGUCAGUGAACGUACAGACAAAAAUAUUGCUUUCCUACAGUUCUAUAUUGCAACAUCUUUGUAAUUUCUUAUUUUCACAACAUCAAAAUGGCAACAAGUCAACCUCGCCAGAACUUCCAUGCUGAAACUGAAGCUGGAAUCAACCGCCAGAUCAACAUGGAGUUGUACGCUAGCUAUGUCUAUCAGUCCAUGUACCUUCACUUCGAUCGUGACGACGUAGCUCUGCCAGGAUUCGCAAAGUACUUCAAGAAGGCUACGGAUGAAGAGCGUGAACACGCCGAGAAGUUAAUGAAGUACCAGAACAAGAGAGGGGGCAGAGUUGUCCUUCAGGAUAUCAAGAAACCCGAGAGAGAUGAGUGGGGAACUGGAUUGGACGCCAUGCAGGUGGCUUUGACCUUAGAGAAGCAAGUGAACCAGUCACUCCUUGACCUUCACGAUGUUGGAGAUAAACAUGGAGACAAGCAGUUCAUGGACUUCUUGGAGGGAGAGUAUUUGGAGGAGCAGGUGAACGCCAUCAAGGAAAUCUCGGACCAUAUUACCAACCUCAAGCGUGUUGGUUCUGGCCUCGGAGAGUACAUGUACGACAAAGAGUCCCUGGAAUAAACCCCUGAAAGCUCACCAAACGAAAAAAAACAUUGAACAACUUCACACGACAAGAACCAAGAAAUUGUCUUAAAUGAGAUAGUAGAAGUGGAAAAAAAAAUGAGAGAAAACCAUUUUUAAAAGGCUUUAACUUCAAACUUCAAAAAUGUAAGAUUGCUGAGUUAACAAAUGACUAUCAACAACGUAUUAACAAUACAUAACUACAAAAAGUCUACAUCAAGAAGAAAAAUACAUAAAAGAUCAGGGGAAUAAAAAUGAGAGAUAAAAUAAAUAAAAAAA